AUGCCGAAUCUAAGGCAUUUUCUGAAGGGCUACUCACCAGAAGAACCAUUAGCAUUUGGUCAUCAGUACUCAAAAAAUGGAUUUAACUACCACAGCGGUGGAUCCGGAUACGUACUUAGCCGGGAAGCCGUGCUAAGACUGGGAGCACUCGGAUUUGAAUACGACCCUGUUUGUGACCAGCCCGUCCCUGCUGAGGAUCUUUAUCUUGGGAAAUGUCUUAUGGCAUUGAAUUCAUCUAUAAUUGACGCUUCUGAUGAAAAUGGAGCUUACAGGUGA